AGAUGGGCUUUGAGGAAAUGUGGGGCUUUAACCGACAAACAAUAGCGCUCUUGCAAAUCGCAUUACCUCAAGUCAUUUUUAUUGCGUUUCAGGAAACGGAUGAAGUUGGAAGGUCUCCUUAGCAGAGUUAUUUCACUGCCCUGAAGACCAGAAAGCAGCGAAGAAGUAUAACAAAAUCUACCGACCCCCAAGUGAAUAUUUUUUCAGGUCUGUGGUAUUGGCCGAAGGACCGUGUAGACGCGGCUUGUAAAAGGAUCCCACCGUGGUUGGUCGUAGUGUAUAGAGAGGAGCCCACUCAGCUCUCCAGGCUCCUCAGCCAUGGCAGUGCUGGCCUACCUGAAGAGCUUGUUUAUCCUGCAGUUGCUGAUGGGCUUUGUGUUUGUGGUGAGCGGCCUCAUCAUAAACUUCAUCCAGCUCUGCACCUGCAUCCUCUGGCCGAUUAACAAACAGCUCUACCGCAGAAUCAACUGCCGGCUCUCCUACUCCCUCUGGAGCCAGCUGGUGAUGCUGCUGGAGUGGUGGUCGGGCACAGACUGCACCCUAUACACCGACCAGGCUACGGUGGACAAGUUUGGCAAAGAGCAUGUCAUCAUCAUCCUCAACCACAACUAUGAAAUUGACUUCCUCUGUGGCUGGACCAUGUGUGAAAGAUAUGGCAUCUUAGGGAGUUCAAAAGUGUUAGCCAAACAUGAGCUGCUGAAGGUUCCUCUGAUUGGCUGGACCUGGUACUUCCUAGAAAUAGUCUUCUGCAAAAGAAAGUGGGAGGAGGACCGGAACACUGUCUACAGAGGACUGAGCAGGCUCAAAGACUACCCUGAAUAUAUGUGGUUUCUGCUGUAUUGCGAGGGCACCCGCUUUACAGAGAAAAAACACCAAAUCAGUAUGCAGGUUGCAGAGAGUAAAGGCCUGCCCAAGCUCAAAUACCACCUCCUCCCCCGAACCAAAGGAUUCACCACAACACUGCAGUGUCUUAAGGGCACAGUAACUGCUGUGUAUGAUGUGACUCUCAACUUCAAAGACAACCAAACCCCCACUCUCCUGGGCAUCGUCAACGGCAAGAAAUACAAAGCUGACAUGAGUGUAAGGCGGUUCUCUGUUGAGGAUAUCCCAGAUAAUGAGGAAGAGUGUGCCAACUGGCUGCACAAGCUCUACCAGGAGAAGGAUGCCUUACAGGAAUACUACAACAAGGAAGGCAAGUUCCCCGGACCCACAAUAAUCCCACCCCGCCGACUAUGGACGCUGCUGAACUUCCUGUUUUGGGCCACCCUGCUGCUUUCACCGCUCAUCAAAUUUGCUUGUGGAGUGGUUGUCAGUGGCUCCCCGCUCCUCAUCAUUGGGUUCAUCAUAUUCCUCAUCAUAGCCUCCAUAGCUAUCCGUCGCCUCAUAGGGGUCACCGAGGUGAAGAAAACAGGCUCCAGUUACGGCAACCAGGAGGCCAAGAAACAAAACUAAAGUGUGUCACCCCGCCCCUCCCGUGUACGGCCGUUUCUGUGUGGUCGCCCUGCGGUGUCUCACCACUACCCAACUCCAUUCUCCUCCUACUGUUGAGUCAGUUGGUAGGCCGGGGAUGAGACCCAGCUGUGAAAACAUAAUAGAGACCAGACUUAGAAAUAAUAAUGGCACUAGUUUGAGAGAGAGCAUGGAAGGUCUGGGGGUUCAAGCUCUCUGGUGUAACACACAUCAAAAGGAGGGGGAGAUGCAGUACCGUAUUCCCCUGCAUCUUUCUUAAUCCAGCUAGUCCUUAUCCCAGCCCCAUUAAAUCCUGGUAACACCCGAGGUCAAGCUCCUAACCAGUCUGAGGUCACAUGGACAUCCAGUCCGCCCAUUUUCUGCUCUGCACUACCUACCUCCACUUCCCUGUCACAGUCAUCAGCCAAUCAGGGAGUGGGGGCGUGCUCAUUCUUUAUGCCCACAGAACCCCUAACCAAUCCGUAAACUGAUCUUUUUUUUUAAUCUUGCCAUCAAUCCAGAGGCAUCACGUUACUGCAACAGCAAUCUGUAGUAUGUAUGCAGGACGUCUCCCUCCCUUCUUUCACUAAGUGGGACUUGUAAUGGGAACCGGUGCCUUGAGGCCCAGCCUGGUUUCCUUAAUCUUAAAGGGUCAAUUCACCCCAAUCCCAAAAAAAUUACCUUUUAACCUCUAUGUAUCUAGCAAUGCAGAUGGUUUUGGUUUUUAUACACUCAAGGUCUGAGAUAAGUGUCACUGAGAUUUCCACUACCAUACCAAAAAAAAAGGAGGUGAAUCAAAUUUUGUUAAUCGUGCUCAGAUCACUGUUAAAGUAUAUUUGAAAAAAUUUCACAGCAGCGCGUCUUUUCAGAAGCGGCGUUUGAGUUUACUCGGAUAAUUACUGACAGUUUUCAUCAGAAACCAUGUUUCGAAUGUAAAGAGUAGCGAAAACUGUCCACACCACCAUCAUCAAUUAUCCAAGUUGUUGGCAGAUUGUUUCUGUGAAGCGACAUUACUCAAAGUUUUCAAAUAUCACUUUAUAUAAUUUGAGCACCACCAGCAACAUUCAAUUCACCUCCAUUGUAAUAGGUUAUGAGCAGAAGCCUCAGAGCAGAGAUCUCAGAAUAUAAAUCCCACAUCAUCUCCAGGGCUAGAUAUCACAAGGUUAAGGUGGGGAAAAUAUUUUUUUAUUUAAUCUCGUGAUCUUGGUGAAUUGACCCGUUAACAUCCUGGUUUGGAGAUGCUGGUGUCUGUUAAACUACAACAAGGGCUCUGAAUGUGAAAACUGUCCUUAUCAAGGAUACCUACCAUCUGUUACAGGUCUCAUUUGUAGCCCGCAGCACCAACACCCACAGAUUCAUUCUAAAACAUUUCAAUUCUCUUUCCAAUCUCAUUCCUAUUUUCACUUGCUUUACACAAAUAGGAAUUUGCAUACAUGCUGUUAUUCAUUUUUUAAACAUAACUGGACCAUGUCUGACGCCCUAAAUGUGAUGUUUAUUCAACCAGCAAUCCCAGUCUGAACACUGAAGCAGUUCAACAUACCACUUGCCCUCUGAUGCCAGUCAAAAGGCAGCUCACACUGCUCGGGUUGAUGUGACCGCUCUGCUGUUGAAUGGCAGUGGACCCAGAAUCCAGAAAAAGGUCACCAACUGUCUUCAUGUAGCCUCACAGUUGUUAGAAAUAUGAUUUUGCUCUCCUGACAUAGAUAUAUAGUAGUAAUGUUUUAACCUUUGCCUUAAAUCAAGCUUGCUCAGGCAAGGGAUUGCUUAUUCGCCAGCCCUUUAAGACAGCACCCACCUCUUACCUCUGUUAUGUUUGGAUACUCACCCUCUCUUCCUCCCAUUACAGCAAUGUGUGGUGGAGUAGCGCACAUUCAUUUGGUUUGAUCCCCUAAAAUGUAUGAAUAAUUGAAAAACCGGUGUUGGUCCUUUUAAAAAUGGAAAGCUAGGAAGGUGUUGGCUUGUUGAAGGCGUCUUUGUAACUGUAGAGUGUCAUUAGUUAAAGAAAGCUGCUUACACUCCAUAAUCAGGGCAACUUUUUUUCUCUGGAAACUCAGCACAGCGACACUUAGCCUUUGUUGAUGCACUUUCGGUUUCAUACAUUUCACAGUUUUAGAACAGUUGGUUGUUUUUAACUGUCUCAAAUUAAACGUUUGCUGCUGCAGCAUGUGAGUGGAUCACAUUUCCCGGUCCCCAAAUACAAACAAUGGUAGCAAGAUGUGGAGGGGAUAUUUUGUGUCCUGCUCUCUCUUCCCCUCUGCCCUCCCGUGCCACAUGUAGUAUUGAUCUAAUCUACUUAUUUUGUCUAGUCAGUUCAAAUUUUUGGGAUCAUCACUCCUCAGCAGCGAUAUGUUGUGUACUUUCUGUAGAGUUUUCUCAACCCAGGCAGAUUUCAUGCAAGCCUUAAUAGACAGUGCUGCUUAAUUUUUGUGUGUAAAUGUAGAAGCUAACUGAGCCCCUGUUGUAGUGAAGGAUUGAAAUGUGAAAAAUGUCCUCCAGUAUAGCAAGCAAGUUGCUGGGAUUAGUUGUCAAGUGACUUGUUCUAAAGUUUUAACAUAAAGAAAUAAAGAGAGCUGAGAAUAGAUAAAGUCAUGUUCGUAAUCAAUCCACAUUUUUUUACACAAAAGUACUUGGAGUUGCAUUACCUCAAAUAUUUGUGAAAAGCUUUAGGAUCUUAGCCGGUUAUCUUAUCCGUUUUCUGUUAAACCCCAACAGUCAGCAUCAGAUUACAAAUGCACUCCAAUUCAUCCUGUCAUUCAGUGAAAAUCAUUUUCCAAAACAGAAAGGAUUCUGAGAAGUUCGAACAAAAAUUUAGAAAAACUUUUUACACUGGAUGUUUUUUAUUCAGUAAAGAAAUAUAAGUGUAACUUGUGGUUGCUUUCUUCCUUUUCUGAAUUCUCUACUGGAACCAAAUACCUUUAGAAAUUGACACAGUUUUUUAAACCUCAAAUAUAAGUCCGUUAGUGGCACCUCUUGCGUCAGCUUUUGUUUUGUUUUCUAAGGCUAUUUUUAUGUUUUCUUCAAUUCAAACACUUGAGAAUAUUAAAGGAUUUAAUCACAAAGCAA